AUGGACCACACCUCCUACACCACAGAAUUGCACAAAAUUGAAGAUGAACUCACCAGAGUGAACCAGAAAAUUAAAGAGCUGGCUGAUUGCAGAAAGUCAUUACUGCAGCGAAAAAAACGUCUUGAACAAUUAUGCUCAGUCAGUACCAGUGGUACAGAGUUUUUAUCAAGAUGGAAUAAAACAGAUUUUUUGUGGUCGGACAAAGUCUCAGAAUUGUUGAAUAACAAAUUCAAAUUGAAAGAAUUCAGGCAGCAACAGUUAGCAGUCAUCAAUGCUACAUUAUCAAGCAAAGACUGUGUUGUGGUUAUGCCAACUGGCGGAGGGAAAAGUCUUUGUUAUCAACUGCCUGCUCUAAUUUCAAAAGGAUUCACUUUAGUUGUAAGUCCUUUGAUAUCACUCAUGGAGGAUCAAUUGAUUCAGUUAAACAGCUUGAAUAUCCCUUCAAGACUGCUAAAUGCUUCAACGCCAAAAGAGCAAGUAACUUCCAUACUUAAUUCAAUGACUGAUAAUAAAGAUUCAUUCAAGUUACUGUAUGUAACUCCUGAAAGAUUAGCUAAAAGCAAAAGGUUCAUGAAUAAACUCGAAAAGGCAUAUGAAUGUAAAUUGUUAACCAGAAUAGCAAUUGAUGAAGUUCAUUGUUGUUCACAGUGGGGUCACGAUUUUAGACCAGAUUACAAAUUUCUGAAUGUGCUCAAAAGACAAUUUCCAACGAUCCCACUGAUUGGGUUAACGGCUACGGCAACAAAUGAUGUCAUCGAUGAUGUCAUGAAAAUGCUCUCCAUUCCAGAAGCUCUGAUAUUCCGCUCUCCUCUUAAUCGUUCCAAUCUUUUUUAUGAGGUUAGAAUGAAACCAAGAAAUAAUAAAGAAUUCACCGAAGAAUUGCUCAAGAUGAUCACCAAACAAUUUAAUGGACAAUCAGGCAUUAUAUAUUGCCUUACUCAAAAGGACACAGAGGAAUUGACAAAAGAACUGAAUAACAAAGGAGGCCGAGUUGCUUGUUACCAUGCCAAUAUGGAUGUUGAUCAUCGAAAUAAGGUUCAUCUGAAAUGGAUUUCUGGUGUCAUUCAAGUGGUGAUAGCGACUGUUGCAUUUGGCAUGGGCAUCGAUAAGUCGAAUGUUCGUUUUGUGAUUCAUCAUUCCAUCAGCAAGUCUAUGGAAAAUUAUUACCAGGAAAGUGGACGAGCUGGAAGAGAUGAUGUUCAGUCUCAUUGCAUAUUGUACGCCGGGUUUUCUGAUGUAUCUCGACAGAGCACAAUGGUCUUCACUGAAAAGACUGGACUGGAAAAGUUGUAUGGAAUGGUUGCCUACGCAUACAACGUGCACGAUUGUCGCCGGAGUUUGAUUUCCAAUCAUUUUGGAGAGAAAUGGAGCAGUAACGAUUGCAAAAGCAUGUGUGAUCAUUGCACCUCUAAUGAUCAACAGCAAGUCCAUGUCAAGAGAAACAUCGCUAAAGAUUUGAUUGACAUACUGGCUAUCAUGAAAAAAUGUCAAGAUUCGAAACAAAGAAUUACCUCAUUAAAGCUUUUAGAUUUGUGGAUUGGAAAGUCAUCUGCUAGCACAAAAAAAAAUAAUGAUCAAAGAGUCAUUGAUAAAGAUCUUGGAGAACGAAUUUUAAUCCAUUUAUUGUUGGAAGGUUACUUAAGAGAAGAUUUCCACUUUACGCCCUACAACACCAUCAGUUAUUUGUUACCAGGAAGCAGAUCAGACGACGUGACCAACAGUCAUGCAAUUGAAUUAAUUCUUCCAACUAUUACAAGAGAGACCAACAAUACAAAUAGUAUACCAACAAAACGAAAACGCCAAAUUGAGGAGAUUGUUUUAAAUGAUGAUGACGAUGAUGAUGGCGAUGAUUUUCACGAGAGUAAUAAACCUAAAUGUAAGAAAAUAAAAAGUUGA